CUGUCCAGCACGUGUGUGUCCGCUGGCACAUCUUCGUCCACCCGGCGCUUUGCACUUCACUUUUCAGCACUACUCGUUCUUUCCUUCACCAGCUCUUUCAUCCCCUCCUUCUACCACAUGCACUGCUGCACGGGAUUGAUUACACUUUUUAUUGCCACCAACGUUGCGUUGGCUGCUUAUCAUAACCCUCGUUACGAUCAUUCCUACCAUUCAAAUGUAGCUGCAUAUCCUGUGAAAGCCUAUCAGACUUACUAUCCGUCAUCGCCGUCACAUCACUAUACCAAUCAGCCGACCCAUCACUACUGCAACAUUCCUCCAGAUCUCUGGUGUGACAGUCCUCAAGCUGCCCAACAAUGCGGGGUUCAACGGCAGUGCGACGCCUUACGAAUGCAUAAACGGAAACCCAUCAAAAUCACGCUCAUUUACGAAGCACUAUGUCCAUACUGCCAAAAGUUCAUCUCUAAUCAACUGGGAAGCAUGUAUCAGCAGUACAAGGAUCAUCUAGAGUUGGAAUUGGUACCCUGGGGCAAUUCACGAAUACUUAGAGUAAGUGGCCGAAUAAUUCGUGUUCGUACUUUCACUUUUGCACUCGACAAGUGUGACGAUCUUUCCGAUCCCACAGACGCGAUUUAUACCCCAUCGGACAGCUGA